GAAGAGAGGAGGGAGGGAAGCCGGUCCUCGGAGUAGCCUCCCCCCCCCCCAACCCCAUCCCUCCCGCCAGAGCGGGGCAGUCAAACGCAAACACGCGCGCACGCACACUCGCGAAUACAUACACUCGGGCUCCCUCCGGCGCGCACGCACAGCGCCUCAGGCAGACCAGAGCGGAGGCUGCCUCUCCUGACUCCUGGACGCCAGAGUCUUGGGAUCCUCCGUGGCUGAUGAGCCUUUGCCUGCCCCUAUUCCUACCCUUCAGUUCCUCCAGGCCCGCGGGACCACUCCCGCCGCCGCCACCUCGCCCGCCACCCUGGAAGGAGCUGGCUGGCCGACCAUCGCUGCGCAGUUCCCUCGUCGCCCUCAGGUAGCUCCGUUGUAGCUCCUGUCUUGGUCUUCGCCCUGUUCCUGAGCUUCGGAGGCUGAGUGAAACAAACUUCGCAGACCGGCUGACGCCCGACGGGGCCCGCAUGCCCCGCACUCCCAGGUGGGCACAGGACAUUAGGACUUUGGGGCAUUGGGCUGCCUUGCCCAUUGCACCUGCUAGAUAGACGCUCUCCCUGCUUGCAGGGGAUUCUAGAGACAUCUUCACUUAGCAAACUUUUGUUUCCUCACCCAAAGGGGUGAGGAAAGCUAGAGGGAGAAGUUGGUCUCCUCCCGGCAACCGCCAUCCUGGAGGCGAUUAGCUGGGCCCCGCUAACCGCGGAACGCAUCCAGAGAGAUGCCGAACCUCUCCCCGGGUCGCCUUCUGUACCGACUCCUGAUCCUGCCCCAGUCCGGUCCGCGGUCUCGAGAGGCCAGGUGCCGAGGACCACGCAGCCCGCGCGAAAUGAGCAUGGGCCAUCCAUACGCAUGACCAUCCGCACUGGGGCAAGUCGCUUGACCCAGGCCUGGCGUAGGGUGUCCCGCGUCCAGGAUCGCUGGCCUCCGCACCCUAGUGAUGCUAUGAGCAUGCCUACCCUCUUGCCUAUCCCAGUGGUGGUCACCACGCCCGCGGACCCCAUUGAAUUCGUGGAAUCGGCUGCACUGGGUGAGCCCGCUACGCCUGCAGAGUCCAUUGUGCCCGCGGAACCCACUACGCCUGCAGAAUCGGUUGUGCCCAUGGAACCCGCUACACCCGCAGAGCCGGUUGGGCACGCGGAACCCGCUGCGCCCGCGGAACUUGCUGCUCCCACAGAGUCCACCGAGCCUGCCGAACCCGGGGCAUCCGCUGAGCCCGCGGAACCUGCAAAAUACAGGGAGUCCACUGUGACCAUCGAGACGGAGGAGCCCCAGGCACGCGGGAACGCUCCUCAGCUUGAAGGUGUUGAAGUUCGGAACAGUGAGGACCCCCAAGAUGAUUCUAUCAUUUCCAGCAUCAGCUGCGGCAUCUGCUGUUACCACCGCUUACAACUUAGACUCCAUCGCAGAGGAGGCUUCGUCCGUGCGGCGCUGCAUUGGGAAGCGCGCCCUGGUUUGGCUCAUUUUCCUUUUGGCGGCUCCUUUUUUGCAGCCAUGAAGCGGCAGAACGUGCGUACCCUGUCCCUGAUCGCCUGUACCUUCACCUACCUGCUGGUGGGUGCUGCUGUGUUCGACGCCCUUGAGUCCGACCAUGAGAUGCGCGAGGAGGAGAAACUUAAGGCGGAAGAGGUCCGCAUCAGAGGCAAGUACAACAUCAGCUCCGAUGACUACCAGCAGCUGGAGCUGGUGAUUCUGCAGUCUGAACCCCACCGUGCUGGUGUCCAGUGGAAAUUCGCGGGUUCCUUCUACUUUGCCAUCACCGUCAUCACAACUAUAGGAUACGGACACGCUGCACCUGGCACCGAUGCUGGCAAGGCCUUCUGUAUGUUCUAUGCUGUGUUGGGCAUCCCUCUGACGCUAGUCAUGUUCCAGAGUCUGGGUGAGCGCAUGAACACCUUCGUGCGCUGCCUGCUGAAGCGUAUCAAGAAGUGUUGUGGCAUGUGUAACACUGAUGUUUCCAUGGAAAACAUGGUGACCGUCGGAUUCUUCUCCUGCAUGGGCACCCUGUGCCUUGGGGCAGCUGCCUUCUCCCAGUGCGAGGACUGGAGCUUCUUCCAUGCCUACUACUACUGCUUCAUAACACUGACUACUAUAGGCUUCGGAGACUUUGUGGCCCUGCAGUCCAAAGGUGCCCUGCAGAGGAAGCCAUUCUACGUGGCCUUCAGCUUCAUGUAUAUCCUGGUGGGACUGACCGUCAUCGGUGCCUUCCUCAAUCUCGUGGUCCUGCGAUUCCUGACCAUGAAUACCGAUGAGGAGCUGCUGGAGAGUGAAGUUGCGCAGAUCAUUGCUGGAAACCCCAACAGCGUGAUCAUCCAUGUGCCAGACGUCCGCCAUAGGUACCAACCCCGGAACUUCCUGAAAAGAUACGGCAGAACCCUGUGCUAUCUUUGUUUCCCGCGUGGGGGUCUUGCCCAGGACGAUGGUGACGACGACAUUCCUGAUGAUGUCGCUGUUGCCGCUGCCGCUGCCGCCGCUGCUGCCGGUGUGGGUAGCAGGCGCGUCCGGGCUACUGUCCACUCCAUUUCCUGCAGGGUUCAAGAGAUAUCCCCAAACACACUGAAGAACAGCUUCUUCCGGACCCCAUUCGGCCCCAUCCCUCAUGGGAUUCACACCUGCGGGGAGAACCACAGGCUGGCCCUCCGUCGCAAGUCCAUCUAAGUGUGGGAGGGAAGUAGACAGAAGAGACAUUUGUCAUGCUGAUGUAAGUUCCAUUGGCCCAACUCUUCUUUCCCUACUUGUUUACUAUUAUCCUCUCUCUCUUUUGUGAUUACGGUCAUCAUCAUUCCCUUUCUUCCGUGUCCUUUCCUGGUUUCAUUUCUUCCCCACCUUUCCAGCCAGAGCUGUCCAAAGGGAAAAUAGAGGCCCAAUCCUCUCUAAAACUUGCUCCUGCCCACGAGGCAUGGAUUCCUUCCUUUCUCCCCAGCAGAGUUAUGCCUUACAUUCCUCCCUACCCUGCCUCCUCUACCCAGGGUGGCUUUCCUAGGACAGGUGUGGGAACAAGAGCACCAAGACAGAGCUGAGAGGAUGCCCAGCCCAAAGCCUUUGACUGCCUACCUGUAGUGAUGUCUCCCACCUAACUCCUCUCUUCUUCCCCAAGGACUGGGUGGCUGUAUGUAUGCGUGUGCAAAAUGAGUGUGUUUGUGUGCUUCUGUGUGCAGGUGUGUUGUGCGACAAGGUGGAAGUAUCAGGUGUUCACUUCCCUCCUCACUCAUUACACUUUCCUUAACGGUCUCCUCGAGGCUGCUUCCAAACAAACUAAACCCUGCAAGGUUGAUCGCCUUGCCAAAUUGAGCACAUCCCAGAAAAGCACUUUGGACCUACGGCCAUAGCUUCAAAUGGCUAGCAUCUGAAUCUCAUCCGUUACUCAUCAGGGUGCAGGUGGGCGGGACCAUAGCAGUCAGGUUAGCUUUCCAGCUUAAAAUUAAAUCUUAAGAAGCACGCACUGUGUGGAACUGGUGUGCGUCAUUGACACAAGAAAACAAACGUUACAAAGGGUAGUCAGAAGCCGCCAGUGUCCACUUACUCAAGACACUUAGUUUUGGCAUUUCAAGUUCCAACAGUUUCCCCUGCAGCUGGAGUUGUCAGCGUAGACAGGAGAACUGUUGGGACCUGAGAGUAGCUAUUUUAUUAUUUCCCUCUUUCUCACGAUGAUGACUAUGACGAUGACGACUCCGAAGCCUCUACCUGCAUGGAUCGUUCUGGAAUGCUUGGAUGAGAAUGGGUAUCAGAAUGAUAACGUGGUUUCUUUUCCUUAUCAGAAAGUGACAGGGCAUUCCUUGUUUGAUGAUAGAUAGAUAGAUAGAUAGAUAGAUAGAUAGAUAGAUAUAGAUAGAUAGAUAGAUAAUAAGAUAUUUCAGGAAAGAGUCUCUAAAUGCAUUUUAUCUGUGAAUAGGGGCACGUUCACAUUGGUCUCAGGAAGAGUUUAGGGGCUAUAUCUUGGCCUACUGGGAAAUUGUCAAUCUCAGGGGAUGCUUUUGUCUAGGUAGUGGAGAAACUCUUCCCCACUCUCAAUAUAGGAUGACCCCCCCCACUUAGGGGACAGUUUAGGCUAGAGAAUAUGGCACAUUGUAUGUAGGCCCUUUCGACCACAGGGGUCUGAGGGCAGCUUGGCCUUCACACUCACUGAGGGACUCCAGUUUCUCUCAUUGCCAAACCUGUCAUCUCUAAAAGUCACCCCAUUCACCCAUUCUCCCUCUUCUCCUUUGUACACUGGGAGUUCCUGGCUUUUGGAUGGAAAUGGGCUUUGGCUACACUACGCAUGCACAAGGAACGCACUUACUGGUCUUCAAGAUUCCUUAAAGGACACAGCAUCCAAAUGCCACCAGUUCCAAGCAUGUGUGCCAUUGGGCUGAAACCAGGAGCAUCCAAGACUCCUCUGGAAAGUCGAUGCAUACACUUAAUGCUACUAGGACACGGGAACUUCAAGAGGAGUCUGUGAACCUUAGACUCUCUUGGCCAAAGUUGACAUACAUAAACUUCAAGGUCUUUAUCAGUUCACUUGCUUGAGAUUUUGUAAUAUGGAAUGCCCUGUGCAGGGCUCUCAAGAGAGAGAAUAGAAGCAAGCCCUUUUCUUGAAUGUUUUUUGCUCUGCAGAUUGUUGGCUCUUUUGGGUCCCAGGGGUGACGACCCUGAGGCCUCUAUGCAGAGUACUUUAUGCUCCGAGGAGGCUUCCUGGAACACAAGUAGGAAUCCCCUGGAAACUGUUGUAAGAUUUGCCCUCAAGUGGGGGGGGGGGGUAUGUGUAAUCACCUCUGUAUAUGGUGCUGGGGCACUGAGAAAACCAAGGAUCUACUCUCAGUCCCUACCCCAGAAGGUCCAGAAGGUGGACUUCCUGACACCAGUGUGCCCUGACUCAGCCCUCCAGUGGAGGAGGGACCCUGCUCUGUGUCUCCAUAGGGCCAGUUGUGAGGCCCAGGAGUCAUGUCAGAGGGACAUAGACUCAGCCUGUCUUCAGAGCUGGCUUCCCACUUACGUAUUUGCGCAAAGCAGUCACACAGUGACCAUUUUGUGGGAAAGAUUUAAUGGUAGGGAGACCCCCCCUCUUCCUAGAGAAAUACCGACACCACUUUCUACAUUCCCACAGAGCUGACCCCUCCUCACUUUCUGGAAGGUAAAGACUUGUAGAGUAAAUUUGUUCUUGUAACACGCUCCCCCACCAUGUUUUUGGCUUUAUUGCCAGUUCAUCUUUGGAAGAAAGGGUACCAAGCUGUCUCUUCCAAUAAGAGCGUGGAGGGAGGGAAUGAAACUGGGCCUAUCUCCCUGUGAGUGGAUCUUCUCCAAGGACUCAUUUGGUCCUUAGCAUGGGACCUGAUGAGACUGUUCUGUGGGCACAUCCAGUGAUGUGCUUCCUUGGGGUGAGGGCAGGGAGAAGUCAAGUUCUGAAGGACUUUCCUCUUUACAAGAGGGGAGUGGGUCACUCCCAUGAAGAGCCCACCAGUAGAGGCAGAGGACCUCCAAGAGAGGGAGCUCCAUAGACUCCUUCCUUUCCAGAAGAGAAGACUGAGGUUCAGGAGGGUCAACAUAUCUGAGGUCAUGUAUCAGAACGUAGGUCUUCAUGCUUCCUUUUGCUCUUGUCCUGGCUGCUUUGCUGCUGUUUUGCACAGUAUCCCAAAGAUCCCCUGUUGCUGGGCUGGAUUGUGUCUCUGGCCAAGGCCUCUCUGCCUCUCUCACACUUGGCAUCUUCUUUCAGCCAAGUGAUUGUUGUACUGUUCCCUCCCUUUAACCAAACCACUUCAACAGCAAGGGAGAUGACCUCAUGUAUAAGGAAUUCAGCUUCAGGAGCCUGAAGGCUGACUUACUGCCCAGUUCCUGGAAGUCAGUUUGCCUUGUAUACACUUAACAAGAUACCUGACUUACUUGAACUCUUCACUAAGUGAUCUCCAUCUUUACUUCAUCCAGGACAGGAAGAGGUAGACAAAGAUAUGGAGUAACCCAGAGCUCAAGGCUCGCUGAUUUCUAGUGCCCAUCCCAUUUUGACCCUUAAAGGUACCCAAUUCCAGGAAGAAAGUGCUGUCUCCCCCAUCAGCCUGUUAGACAUUGAACAUCAGAAAGAACCUCACUCUCUAGAUUUUGAGAUUCUCUGUUAGGUCCCAAACUGGAACCAGCUCUGUGCUUUAUGGCUGCCCCACUCCAGUGGAGGCCAAGGGAGCAGCCUCCAAGACCAGAAAUUGCAUGCUGCAAAUGCAAUCUAUCACUCGCUUUGGAAGGCUUUGAGAGCCAUGGUUGGGUGAUUGACAGGAGCACUAGCAUUCAGCAUGGCCAUAGUAGAUGGGUGCACCUGAUUGUAAGACAUCUGGAGAGUAAGCUGAUAAGCUGAGACAGGUCAUUUUUUAUCUAUUUCAUCUCGAUAUAAAAGCUGUGUGGCCCUUGAGUCCCAGUGCCAAUCUAUUCCAGCUGGAAUCUAGAGGGACCAGGGCUCCUUGGAGCUCUCCCUUGUCUGUGCGCUCGGAGAGAAAGAAAGAUCAGAAUGAUCACCCAGUAUGGGGGCUCCUAGCCUUGCUUCCACAUGUUCUUUCUACAAUGGUGUGCCCUAGGUAGAGACUCAUUGAGAGUGUAUGAGCGGUAUGAGAACUGAGGCGUAUGCUAGAAUGUGUCCGUUCUCCCAGCUUUAAGCUUGCCAGAGUCUGUUAACUGUGGCUUAGUUCUGAAAGUGGUUGUGAUCUUCACACCAUCUGAGCUGUCUUUUCCUCCAGAGUUUAGGUCUUUUCAGGACCCAGGAGGCAUCCUAAGUGAGGAAAGAGUGGUAGGGCAGGGAAUGGUCCUUCUGUCUUCCUCACUGGUUUCCAGUUGGCUCACUUCUUGAGCCUCCUUAGCCUUCUCUAUAACACGAUGGUGCAGUGAUGGUGGCGAUCUAGGGGCCCUUAGCAGAAGAGGAGCUUGACCCACAAGGACCUUCGGCUUGGAUGAGCUGCUCACAUUUGAAGACUGAAUCAUCAAAAAGCCCUGCCAAAAUCAUGGCAGGAGAUAGAGAGCUGGGAAGGCCAAGAGACACGAGUGUUGGCAUAGAGCAUUGGUCAUUGUGUGGACCAUGGUGUAAUGCAUCAUGGGUUCCCUACAGUAGGGGGCUUGUGUUGACUUUCUAUGGUCCCAUCUUGACCACAUGCUGGUAGAGGCUGCUGCUGCAGGAAAACAGAAGUCUAUGAUUAUGAGUCCCCUGACACCGACUUUGAAAAAAUAUCUAAGGGUGACAGAAGUUGAUAGAUAGAACAGCACCCUGGGUUUUCCUAUAUCUCUCACCCACAACCCCAGCCUCAGUACCCCCAUCUCAGCACCGAGAUGGUUGGAAGAUAAGGUGUCAUGAUGUCUACAACUUUUAGGUGGUACAGCCAAAGAUAACAUUGUAUAUCUUCUGCGAAAAGUGCAUUCUCUUACAGAGCAGUGCCAUUGUCACACCUAAGAAACUUAGCAUAAAAACAUCUACUAUAAUAAUACACUCUGUAUAAAGACUUCCCCAAGUGCCCCCAAAAUGUCCUAUUGAGCUUGUCUGUCAAUCUAAGAUGCCAUCCAAGAUCACCCCCACACCCGCUUGUCUUGUUGUUUCCCAACCCAGUUGAGGGCACCUCCCUCUCUGUGUUUGUGUCUCUUGAUAAUCGAUAUUUUUGAGGCCCCCAGGUUCCUAGUCUUAUAGAAUGCUCAUGAUUUGCUGUCGUCUGCUUGUUCCCUCGGGUUGAGGAACUAUUGACAAGAAAAUGAUGUCGUUGAUGUUGUUUGGCCCUGAUUUAUGCAUUUCCUGUUUGUCUCUCUGGGGACCUCUGUGGUUACUGCUUUUGUUGUGAAUAAAUAAGUCACAUUAAAUAUUGUUUUCCUCUGUUAGGGGACCUAACUGCAUCUUCAGGAGAGGCGUCCAUGGAUGCUGGCUCUCACUGUAAAGCCCAAGCAGGCUUCGGAUUUCUCACCUCUCCCGGGGACCUCUUCCACGAGGGGCGAGUGUCAGCACCCUUUCCCUUAAAGACCUGUGGGAAUGGCCCAGCUAUACCUAGACAGAAGGCAUGGAGACAUGGUCCUUGUAGGGUUCCUUGCCUGCAAGCCUGUUGGGCCACCUUGGCACCUAGCGGCAACCUCACAAGUGGCGAUGACCACUGCACUCUCUCCUCAUUCGAUACCAUAGAAGGAUGACUUAUUGUCAUGUCACUGCCCUGGCCGUCAAGGGCUACAUUUGCUAUCUCUGUCUUUGAGAUGUUUGCUCUGGCAUGUUCUAGAGCGCAGUCCUUUCCCUUCUGACCCACGAGAUGUACCUGCUAUGGCUGUGCGACCUUUGCUUGCCCUCUUGGGGAGGGUCUCCCUGUUGCUCAGCAGCAAGGAGGUAGAGAUGGACCAUAUUGGUCCUCCCUUCAAAGUCCUUCCUGCCCGUUUUGCUCCCCUGUGGAUUUAACAAUGUUCUUUGUGUUUCUCUGUGUUUGCUUCUCAUGGGUGAACACACUAAAAAGCAAAUUUUAUAUGGGUCAGCCUUAGGAGAAAGUGCUCACAGAGGGGGAGGAAGGUCCCAGAAUAAAGCAGGCCCAAAUGCAAGUCAUCUGACUGAUGUAGUCUUGGGAUAUUCCAAUGCAAAUCCCUGGAAACAACCCAAAUCCUGGUUUGCAUUGCAUUGUUUGCUGUUGAAUUGCAUAUGCCUGGAGGGGCUGAGUUUGCCAUUAGCACAGACCCAGGAAAUACUCAGAGCAAAGUGCCUGGGUGUUGGAGGGUGGGUACAUCUCAGACUGGAGAAGCAUGCUGGGAUGUUUGUCCCUGUGGUAGGUGGGGCUGGUGAUGGGAUGCAAGGGGGUCAGGUGGAGCCCAGUCAAUUGCUUGGGGAGAUCAUACACAAUGACCCAAGACCCUGGACCUCUGGGUCCCUGGGAGAGAGGCAAGAACACCCUUCUUGUUCCCUCUUCCACUCCUAGAGCAGCAUGGGGGGGCGAAAGCUGCUUGGGGCUCGGCAUUUUACACACCUGGGACCAAGCUCUGCCAUUCACAGGUGGGUGGUGGAUUUACCCCUUGGUGUCCGCGUCUCAGUUUUCACACUCUCAUCUGCGCAAUCCCGCUGCACAGGGUGCUUGUGAGGACUACAAUACCUGUGAAUGUUUACUGAGCACCUGCCCAGUUCGCCUCCCUUCAGGGCAACGGGUUGUUGUGGGGGCCCAAACUGUAAACUGUAGCUCGAGACCCAUUCUGGUGCAGCACCGUACAGAGGAAACUUCGCGCCCUGUUGCGCACCUGUGCUCUGCACUGGGAGGGGGUGUGGCUGUCAGGCAGGAGGGCAGCCGGAGCUCUUCUGUACAGCAGGCGACUGACAAGGCUCAGAGGAGCUGAAAGACCGGAUCCCAGAGGGCUGGGACUCACGUGUGUGGGUGGGGCAGAGUGGAGGCCUCAAACACAGAAAAUCACACAAGGGCACAACUUAGAAAAAGGAGGGAGGAGGUGUUACUUCUGAGGAAACCACAUGGCGGGGGGGGGGGGUGUCUCACCCUGGGGUGUAGGCUUUGCGUGGAUUCCUAAUGAGGGGAGAAGCUUCCAGGAAUAUAUAUACCUGGUGCCAGGAAUGUAUGUCCUUUACCCUGCAUUAGUAACGAAUGCUAAGACGGGAACCAUGUGCUGUUGAAGCCUGUAAUUGUCAUUAUUAACCUUGUAGACAUUAUUAACAAUGUAGACAUUGUCCUCAGGCAGCAUCUCCGUACCAAUGGACCCUAGAGACACACCGGGGACCAACGGUAUUGAGUUCUCUGGCAUGAAGGGUAGCCAGCAGGUCCAUGCACAUGACAGAAAGUGGCUGCCACCUGCACAGGACAAAGGGCUUCUGCGGGACCCCUCCAAUAACGCUGGUGACACUGUCGCAUGACCUUUCCUAAGAAGUAGACUUGAGAAUGACUUUGAGCAUAAAAAUUGCUCAAUCCUGUCGUCCAAGCCCAGCCAAGGAUGGUUCUGGAAGGAUGCAGGGUAGAGCCUCACCCUGCAGAUGCUGGUGUAACUGACCUUCUCAGAACACGGGGCUGGAAAUCUGACCCCGAAGGGUACCCUGUCUGAAAUUGUGUGGGAACACAAAGGUGGACAGUGGGGGGUGGGGUGGGCUUGCUCUGCCUCUCACUGUACUUUCUGCAAGGUGACAACCAACAUGAAGAGCUCUGUUGGGGACAACUUAUGGUCUGGAGAGAGGUGGGAGAAGAGAAAGAAGCUUGAGUUAUUUGGUACAUUUGGCUAUAUGGUUUCCCGUUUUGUUCUUGGGCCCUGACUACUUUGGAGGUUCCAGUCCUGUUCUGGGGAGAACAUGCUUGAUUUUGAGUGUGAGGUGGGCUGAGGGAGGAUCUUGUAAACUUCAGACAUAGUUUUGGCCUUGAAAUAGGUGUUGGUUUGCCUUUUGCAGCUUGUUGGACAGCUUGGAGGGGACCCUGGACAUUUCCGUGAGAGCCAACCCUGACUUCCCUUCCUUCCUUAUAUACAAUUGGGUCACAGGGCCUUGGCAAGUAAUUUCUCAUCCUCCUUUACGGAAGAUGGAAUUGCUGAGCCAGAAAGUGGGUAUCUCUUGGAUACACACUGGAGCAGAGGAGAUAAAAUUCAUACCACUGCACCCUAGCUCUUUGCUGGUAUUUUGGUGGAAGAGGUCAGAGAGAGUAGGUCAAGUUCUUUCAAGAUGGGGCUAGAUUCCCAAGAAUGGGCCAGCUACCAUCUCUUGUUAUGGACUUUUCACUGAAGAACUGGCCUGCCCUAAAUUUAUCGUCCAUCUGUCCAUCCAGUGAGCUCUCCUUUAUCUCCCUUGAACAAUGGCAUGGCUGGGGGGUGGGCCAACCGACAGUCAACCAAAGCCCUCCUUCUCCUAAAAGGUCCUUACCUUUCUCUACCUAGGGAGGAUGGCACAGUUCCAGAUGUGAAUGGCAGCUGUGGGGACAUUGCUGUGCGGUAGUGGCUGAUGUGCACCUGCUGGUCCCACUGUCACAGAUCAGGCGGAGCAGCUGUGCUAUAUUGAGAGUCACCCUGGAGAGCUCCAUGGACAAGGCCCUCCCUGACCCCGUGAGGCUGUGAGCUCAGUGGGACACAUGCCUCCAUGACGUGUGAGCUCCUGCUGCAGGUUUAGGGAACAGAGGAGGGAGAGCAUGCUUUGACAAUUGUUUAUUUUUUUUUCAAACUGGAACUUUAGAAGUUGGGUAGAAAAAUAAAAAUCAAAGGAAAUGGGGAAAAUGCGAUGAGUGGGAACCCAGUGAAGCAGAACCCACAAUUAACAAGAUUUCUCUGUAAUUUGAUGGCUCCUCCGAGAAGAACAUAUUCCAGAAAAGGGCUCAUUAUGCAUUUGUUUAUUCAGGCCACAAAUAGCAUUUUGACAGCUGGUUUUGGGUUGGGAAGGCCCCUCUGAGGUCAUCUUAACCCAUCUUCUGCCUUAUCAGAAACCUCUACCAGACGGUCACUGUGCUGGGGGUAGACCCUGCGAAUCCUGCUGGGCAAAAUUUGCAAAGAAGGAGUUAGAUCAGACCCAUCCAGAGAAGUUUGGGAUACUUUGUUACUUUCCCAUACCUUGAUAGAAAGGUUUACAAUUACACACAGAAGAUGAGGAACAGAGGAUGUCAAAGACAAUGAACUGAGUUUUUACUACACAGUUGAUGAACAUGGGAAGAAGACUUUCUAGCCUAUGGCUAGCUGUACUGUUUUAACCUUAGCCCAGUGUGUAUCUGUGUACCUCACGACAGCCAAAUAGAACCAGCCCAAGAGUAAAAAGCAAAAUGCCUGUCAUUUGUGUUGCUGGGUAUAGACAUGAAGCUUGAAUUAGUGUCAAAUGUGUCUCUGUCAAAAUAACUGGCAUGUACUCACAGGGUUCCUGGGAGUAUGGGGCCGUGGGGUGAGAAGGUGGAGACAUGGGGAUGUGGGCACCUCAUGUAAAUGUGUGUGUGUGGGGGGGGGGGGUGUGUGCGCGCGCGCGUGAGAGAGACAGUGCAGACACGAACCUAUUCACUUUAGGUAUCUUUGGAUCUAAUUUUUUAUUUUGCUCUUUUGGGGGUGGUACCCAUUAUUGUUUUGGUGUGGUGAGGUACAGUGUGAGUACCUGGGGGUGUUCCUGAAGGUGGAGCUGCCAAAGGCUGGCUAAAUGCCCCCAUGGGAAAGGCAAUGAAAACCUUGAGAAUUCCACAGGAAAUGAGUUUGAAGCACUGUCUGGCCAUUGUCACAUUCCAGGAGGGUGGCGUCAUGUGUCCUGAGCCUGGUGGGAAUCUACCUUUCUGUCCUAGGGUUUGUGGGUGUGUUUGCAUGAGAGGUUCACCACAGAUGUCAGACCUUGGGCAGAACCCUGCCCCUGAAGAGGAAGACCAGCGACCCCUGCCCAACGACAGUCACCUGCAUUCCUGUGUGUGGCCUGUGUUCACCCUCUCUGGCCACUCAGCCUUCAGGAGAGAGCAUCUUCACAAAAGGCCUUAGAACACCACCCCUCAAGUGAAUAGCAGAUGUAUGUAUUAUGUAGCUUACCAGGAAAAUGAAAAGGCAUAACCUGUAUGACCAAUGUUUACACAUCUUAGUAGCCAUCUAGCUCAUGUAAAAUAUGUACCUUAUGCGGGGACCGGACCUUUCCCUUUUCCUUUUGUAACAAAUGCAGUAAAGCAAGCUGUAUAUAUUUUACAUGUCUUUGCAGGAAAAUCAUCUGCUGUUGUAGAGUUGUAAAUUAUUGCAUUUUUCUAUUUUUUUUAAAUUAAAGUCUCUGGC